AUGGCCAGCACUCAGACAAGUCUGAAAACUCCUUUUAAAGACUUGACCUCACUGAAGGGCAACAUGAAGAGGCUAUACAGGGAGCGGAUAGAGGAUGCUCCCAUCAAAAAGCGUGUCAUGGCCGAAAUGAACCUGAAACGAAGUAGCCUGGAGAGUCUACCCAGGACGCCAAAGGUCAAACGCGAGCAGGUGGAAGAGCAUUCCGGAACCGAUAUGGACUUUGAGGGAAGAGAGCUCCAUGUGGUUGGGGCUGCGAAGGCCUUGGAUCUCAGCCCAGGGCUUAAACACACUCUGGCCCAAUUCACCCUAAGCAGCCAGAGUUCCCUGGGUGGUCCCGCCGCCUUCUCCGCCAAAACGAACCAUGAUGCUGCGUCACCUGCGGGCCUGGCGCCGCUGCCCUCUCCCUCUGUCCUUGGGGGCGGCCCGCUUCUGGUGCCCUGUGACAGCUCCACUGAGCUAACUCAUUCCAUUCUGGAAGGAGAGUCCAUCUCUUGCUUUGCCGUCGGAGGCGAGAAGCGAUUGUGUCUGCCGCAGGUGCUGAACUCAGUGCUACGUGAUUUCUCUCUGCAGCAGAUCAACGCGGUCUGCGAUGAACUGUACGUUUACUGCUCUCGAUGCGACGCGGAGCAGCUCCACAUCCUCAAGGUGCUCGGCAUCCUGCCCUUCAACGCACCUUCCUGCGGUCUCAUCACCCUCACCGACGCUCAGCGUCUCUGCAACGCCCUGCUCCGCCCCGGGGCAGCUCUCCCAGCCAACCCCAACAAUAAGCUGCCCGCCCAUGGCCUGCUGAAAGAGAGCGAGGCCAGCUUCCAGGUGGAGCACCAGUGUUUGGGCAAAUGCCAAGGCCUUUUUGUGCCCCAGUUCUACGUCCGGCCAGAUGCUCCCUGCAUCCAGUGUGUAGAGUGCCAGCUGCUCUUCUCCCCACAGAACUUUGUCAUGCACUCCCACAAGUCUCCCGACAAGAGGACGUGCCACUGGGGCUUCGAUUCCGCCAAGUGGUCCUGCUACCUGCAACUGGGCCGGAAGUACCUGGGCACUCUGGAGGAGCCUCAGCUCAAGCAGUUGCUGAACGAAAUGAAGGAGAAAUUUCACUUCCAGCUAAAGAAACCACUGGACAAAAAGAUCAGCGAUGAGCAGGCCCAUGUGAGGAAAGCCAGCCCUGACCUCUGCUCCUCAAAUGGCAAGGAGUCUGAUAACCACCUGGUCAAAAAGGGCGAGACUCAGCCUUCCCUGGUUUUCAACCGUUUGUUUCCCAACAUCAAAGAGGAGCCAGGCCACGCCGCCAUCGUUCAUCCAAGUUAUUACCUGUACACAUAUGAUAAGAUGGUGGCCCCUAACGUGUCUUUGCGGAAAGAGGGUGAGGUCAGCGCCGAGGUUUUGGGAGCCCUGCUAAAACAGCACUACAACAGAAGAGCACCAGCCCACGACAGUGAACCACCCAUGGAUCUUCAUGCGACUCCCUCCGCCGUUGCCGAGGAAUCCAAAUCCCAACACGCGGGCGAGCCGUGCGAGCGCCGCGAAUCUCCUCCAGCAGUUGCCAUGGAGACGAGCCCGGGCAGCAAGAACGCCUACGCUACCACGCUGAGUAAGGACGGCGGCGUAGAGGACGACAAGGACAGGAUUGUGGUGGAGAUAGUGCAGAUGUACAGCAGGCAGCAAGAGAAGCUCAACUCCACCCUGCAGAAACAGCUGCAGCUGGAGAUGGAGCUGGAGGCGGUGCGUGGGGGGGAGGCGGCCAGGCUCAGGGAGCUGUCUGCCGAACACAGCGAGCUGCAGAGUGAGCUGGAGGCGGUCCACACGGAGCAUGCCCAGAGGCUGGGGGAGGUGCGGCAGGAGCAGCGCGAACUGGAGCGCAGGCUGGAGCAGCUGAGACAGCAGAGCUGCGUGUGUGAACCCAACACACACACCGAACAGGAGGCUCACUACGCCGCACAGCUGUGUGAGCUGCGUUCCCGUCUGGAGCGCGCUGAAGCCGAGCGGCAGGAGCUGCAGGAGGAGCUGCGCAGGGAGAGGGAGGCGCGAGAGAAGCUAGAGCUUAUGAUCUCUCAACUCCAGCAGCAGAUGGCUCAGUCUGGCACCACGGGGAGCCCCGGCAGCACCCCUCCCCAGCCUUCUACCCCCUCCGCUGGCCCCGAAAGCCGGGCCAGCUCCUCCCCAGAGGCCCCUGAGGUAACCUCUUCUGGCUAAGCCCUCCGGUUCGUUUGCCCACCCACCCUUCUGCAUCCCGGGAACUCAGUGCAGACUCGCAGACAUAAACAAAACAGCCCGACCAGAAAGAGGAGCGCUCUCACGGCUUUUUUGUUUUAGUGU